GUAAAAACUAUGGUGGAAAAUAAUUUUUCUAUUUCGAAAUGGUUGUAUUUCGAGGUGAUCCGUGUGGUGUAAUAUGUAUUAUGAUAACGUACAUUGCUGUGUUUUAUGCAGAUUAUGUAGUUGUAAGACAUUUGGUACUCCCCACCAUGGCUGAGAGUCUGUGGGGAGCUGUGAAUGUGGUUUUAUUUAAUAUUAUUGUAUUUUUAUUGACUGUAUCACAUCUAAGAGCUGUUUUAUCUGAUCCUGGUAUUGUACCAUUACCUACAACCAGCAUAGACUUCUCUGAUCAUCAUGCUGGGCAACCUCUAGUUAAAAAUAAAGAUGGAUGGACAGUGUGUAUAAAAUGUGAAACAUAUCGACCACCUAGAGCUCAUCACUGUAGAGUUUGUCGUCAGUGUAUUAGAAGGAUGGAUCACCAUUGUCCGUGGAUUAAUAAUUGUGUUGGUGAAUUUAAUCAGAAGUUUUUCAUCCAGUUUCUCUUUUAUGUUGGUUUAUUAAGUUUGUAUGCUUUUGGACUGGUAAUAACAUCUUGGGUUAUAGACCCUGAAACUAGUAAACACAUUAAACAUACAAAACUUAUUCAUUCAGUAAUAUUAGUGAUAGAAUGUAUAUUAUUUGGGUUGUUUGUGAUAGCUAUAGGCUGUGAUCAGGUGUCAUCAAUAUUAAAUGAUGAAACAUUAGUCGAACAAGUUAAAAGAGAUGGACCAAAAAGACAGAAAAAGUCCAAAAUGGCAUUAUUCCAGGAAGUCUUUGGAAGAGGUCAACCAAUGUAUUGGUUAUGUCCCUUACAGUUUAAUCCAAACAACCGAUCUUAUCCAGCUCAAUAUGAAGUGUAACAGUGUCAUCUAAUCAUAAUAAGUGUUAUAAAUUGAUAUUGUGCUGUCAACCAGUCAUAAUCAGCUUUACAAAAUGACUUAAUGUGAUUUCAGCCAAUGAUUAUCGAUGUACUGUUUUUUAAUUCAACCAAUCAGUGAAUUGAAAUCAUGCAAAUUAACCCAUCAAAAUGCUUGUAUAGGUUGAACAUAAAUGGUUAGUCUUGGUGCCAUUCUGCAAUUGUGUUUGUGAACAUGCAGUUGUAGAUAUAUAAGGCAGUUGAUAUUACAUUGAUAUUUUUAUAACUUUCAUUGUCAGUGAAGAGUGCUGGACUUUUGGUUGCCAUAGAAAUAUUUUUAAUAAAUAGUAUAUGCCUACAUGGAAAUGUGGAUUGAUUUUGAUUAAUCUAUUUUAUUCCAUCUGAUUGAUCAUAGGACUUGGUAUGUUUUUUUAAGACCUUGGACAUGUCAAAAUUGUCCAAUGCUCUUUAACAUUUGCACUAUAUUUGAGGUUAUUAUUUUGUCUAAUUCACUUGAAUGGAAAUGAAUAUCUCUUACAAGUUUAUAUUUGUAAUAAGUUUUAAUAUGCCACACUAAAGCUAUAUAUUUUUAUGAUUUUAGAUGUGUUUCAUUAUUUUGUCAUAAUAGUGUGAUAGCUUUAAUUUUUCAUUAUCAAAAUUAUUUUUCUCCACAGUUUUGACUUGAUAUGGUUUAUUUAUUUUAAGAAUACUUGAUCUUUUUAAGGGAAUUAAAGGUAUUGUAAAGAGGUUUCCAUUCUGUUAACACUAAGCAAUAUAAGAUCUAGUAAAGAGUUUUAUAAGCCAGCGGUGAAGCAAAAUGUGAAUGAGUCAGCAAUUUUUAGUUAGAAAUCUUGUAAUGGGAGAUAACAUAUUCUAUUAUGUUAUUGUGGUCUGGUGUUAGAUUGGUUAAACAUUCUCUUGUGGUAGCUACACCGUUUCUGGUUAAGUCUUUCUGGAAUUGCAGGAACCACAGGCAUCGGACGAAGAAUUGGAAUGUCUGAAAUGGAAGUCAAACAUGUCCUCAAUACACAUAAAAAGGCUAGAAAACUCCUUUACAAUCCCUUUAACAUAUGCAUAUGGCAGUUAAUCAUGAAUUGACUAAGUAUAGAGAAUUGGCAAACUGGUUGUACUCCAAGUUUAAGUUGUUUUUGUGGUAUAUGGAUACUCAGUGCUGAUUUUCAUUCAUUGUAAAGUAUCUCAAGAAACACUCUUUUCAGGUAUGCAUUUAUUUUAUCACCUAACUGUUCAAUACUAAAUAAUAUGACUAUCAUAAGUUAUGAUUUAAAAAAAAAACAGUCAUUUCAUUUUUCUAAAUUUGAAAUAACAUUAUCAUGAUGUAUGUAGAUAAUUUUGUGUGGAGAGAUAUCAGUGAAGGAUUAUAUCUGUUCCCAUGCCCAGUGGUAUACCAUUACUAACUCCUACAAUGGCCAGACAAGAACUGUUAUCCUACUGUCUUUAAAAUAAAGAAGCUAUUUUGGUAAAACUUGAUUUAAUAUAUUUAUUUUUAUUAUUAUUUAUUUAGUCAAAUUUUAUUUAUUAGCUUUUGUUACUCUCAAAUAUUUGGAAAAUUCUGUGUUUGUCAAGUUUCACAUAACUUUAAUAUUAAUAUUAAUAAGAUCAAGAAACAUUCAAAAUCUAUAUGAUUUUAUUUUGCUAAGGAGAGCAAAUAUUGAGCUCUGUCUUAGAAGAUAGUGUAAAUCAUCAGUUGAAAUGUUGUUGUUCAAAAGGUCAACUGGAAAAUCAAGAUGUAAGCUGUUAGGCUGAAACACAACUCUACAACAUAACUGUUUUAUAUUAAAGAUUCAUCCUACAUUCUGAAAGGCAAAAGAAACGUCAUGUAGAUAUAUCAUAUUAUAUAUAUUUUUUUUUUUCAAAGACUUGUGUGUGUAAGUAUAGACAUCAGAAAGUCAGUGUUAAAUGGAUUGUAAAGAUUAUUUUAUUUGUGUAGGGGACACUGAUAGAAUCAUUUUGCAUCAUUCCAAUUUGUAAUCAGAUGUAAUCAGAUUAGUUCUGUCAAUUUCACUAAAAUUAAGGAAGGUUUUAUGUGAUAGAAGCAUGUACACAAUAAAGAUCAUCAAACAUUUUUUUUUGCAGAAUUGCAGGAACCACAGUCUGAUUGAAAAUUGGAAUGGUGCAAAUUGAUGUUAUCAGUGUCCAUGAUACACAUAUAAGUUUUAGAAAACCUCUUUACAAUCCCUUUCAAUGGUUUUAAGGCAACAAAAACAAUCAGUAGUUUUGAUCCACAUUCUUAUGCUUUAAAUUUAGUGUAAUAGAAAAGACAAUAUUAGUCUAUUUAUGCUUAUUCUUAAUAUUCAAAAUUGAGUUUUAUUCAAAAGCUGCAAAGUCAGAUAUUUAUAACUUCUUCAAUGCAGCCGAACAUGGGAACAUUCUAUUUUGUUUCAGGGUAGAUAAGUAGCAAGUUUAUGCCACAUGACCUACCUCAAACUAGAGUGGACUUGUUGUUUUAUGUUGAAAAAAUGUUCUUAUAUAUUUUUGGUAAUUGCCUAGAACUGAAAUCUUUUGGUAGAAUGGGCUCAAUGAAUUUAUGUUUAAAUCUUUUGGACUUG